AUGGCGGACGGAGUAUUGCAACUCGUUUGCGAAUGCAAACAUGACCCUUGGGGCAAACAAGGCGAAGACUCACUUGCUGGGCGACUUUGGUCGCAUAUGCCUGACGCAGGAAAGCUCGACUCCUCAGAAACAUACUCUGAAGUGCGUAAUUCUCCUAUCUAUACGAGCCAAGGCAAUGAAAUUAAUAUCACGCAGAUGUGGAUGGGCACGUAUCCUUCCGUGCCAUCUCGGAUCCGUUCCACUGGGAAGCUCCUCUCGGAGCAUCUGAAGGAUAAUCCGGAUCUCGUAGGGCAAGCAGUUUGCGAUAGAUACGGGUCUGACAUCCCUUUUCUACCAAAGGUACUUUCCUUUGCUAAAGCACUUCCACUUCAAAUCCAUCCAGACAAAAGGCUUGCCGAGCGUUUGCAUGCAAGCGAGCCUGAAAAGUUCGGUGAUACCAAUCACAAGCCCGAGAUUGCUAUCGCUAUGUCACGAUUCGAACUUUUUGUUGGGUUCAAACCCCUAGAAACAAUCGCAGCGCUCAUGCAGCUGAAGCCGUUGAAAGAUCUAGUGCCAGCACAUAAGACUUUCGACGACGAAGUUUUACGGCAACUAUGCAAAACCUUGCUAAGCUUGCCCCCGGACACGGUAUCGGAGACUAUCGCAAACUUACAAGAUACAGCUUUGUCCGAGUUUGGUGACAGCGAGAACGUUCCAGCACUCCUCGAUCGACUCAGCAAGCAAUAUUCAACCUUCGAUAACGGGAACUUGAUCGCCGCUCUUCUUAUGAACUACAUGGUUUUGGAACCCGGAGAAGCUGUUUGUGUCCCAGCCGACGGCAUUCAUGCGUGGUUUUCGGGGGACAUUAUCGAGUGCAUGGCGCGCUCUGACAAUGUCCUGAAUACGGGCUUCUGCCCACGCGCUGACCGUGAUAAUGUCGAGUUCUUCGCACAAGCUCUUACAUUCACACCUCAUGGCCCCAAAGAAUCUCUCCUCGAACGGAAAAAGAGCCCGAUUGGGCUGAAAGGAAGAACCACUGAAUAUGCCCCGCCUUUUAGCGAGUUUAACGUCCUGGGUGUGAGCUUAUCUUCCGCGCAAGGUGAAAAGCAUCGGGUGAUCGAAAGUCCUAGUAUCUUCAUUGUGACUCAAGGUUCUGGAAAAAUGAGUGUGGGUGGAACAGUCCAUGAGAUAGGGGGGGGAGAUGUCUAUUUUGCCGGAAAGGACGCUGAGUUGGAGUUUUCGACAAAGACAGGGUUAAGCUUGUAUCGGGCGUAUGCCACGUUCUGA